AUGGCGAGCAAAGGCAACUCCCUACGGGAUCGUCAAGUUGCGGCCCUGAAGAAGGUCCUGAAUCUUAACAAUGACGUCGAGACGAACGAUCCGGACGACGCCCAUGCCAAUGGCGGCGCCUUGGCUCCAUCCUCCAUUCUCACCCCCGAAGGCGAUCCCAUUUGGAAGGUUCUGGUUAUGGACGACCUUGCGCGCGACCUGAGCGCCAGCGUACUGAAAGUGUCUGAUCUUCGGUCAAUGGGAGUGACUUUGCAUACACACAUUGCAGCUGCUCGACACCCUAUACCCGAUGUUCCCGUUAUUUACCUCCUCGAACCCACACGCCAGAACCUCAAGCAGAUCACGAGCGACCUCCAAAAGGGCCUCUAUUCCCCUGCAUACAUCAACUGCCUAGGAGGAAUCUCGCGUGCUGCUCUCGAAGACUUCGCCGCCGACACCGCGGCAGCCGGGACUGCCGAACACAUUGCGCAGCUCUUUGACCAAUACCUCAACUUUAUCGUCGAAGAGCCGGAUUUGUUCAGCCUGGGAAUCAAGAAAUCGUACUCCGCGCUCAACAGCGCCAAGACGACAGAUGAGACGUUGGACACAUUGGUGGAUAGCAUUGUCAACCGACUGUUCAGCGUCGUUGUCACCAUGGGCGUCAUACCCGUUAUUCGAUGCCCAAAGGGUGCGGCAGCGGAAAUGAUCUCAGCGAAGCUCGACCGCAAGCUCCGCGACCAUAUUCUAAACUCUAAGGACAACCUCUUCUCCUCGAGCGCUCGGGGAGGUACCUCUUCAACGCCCAGCUCCCGCCCUGUUCUGGUCAUCCUGGAUCGCGAUGUAGACCUGCUGCCUAUGCUCUCGCACUCCUGGACCUACCAGUCCCUGGUACAAGAUGUUCUUACCAUGGAGAAGAGGCGUAUCACAGUCGUGGACGAGGGCAAAUCAAAAAAGAGCUACGAUUUGGCCACGGAUGAUUUCUUCUGGAAGAAGAACAGUCUCGUGCCCUUUCCCCAAGUAGCAGAAGACAUCGAUGCCGAGUUGACAAAGUACAGAGAAGAGGCUGCUCAGAUCACAGCGAAGACAGGGGUGUCAAGCCUGGAGGAUCUACAGAGCGAUACAAGCGCCAGCGCCCAGCACCUAAAAGCGGCCAUCACCCUCCUGCCAGAGCUGCGAGAACGGAAAGCCGUCCUGGACAUGCACAUGAAUAUACUCGCUGCUCUCCUUACCGGCAUCAAGGAACGUCAACUAGACAAUUUCUUCCAGCUUGAGGAGAAUAUCAUGAAGCAGACCAAAGCCCAGAUGAUGGAUCUUAUCAAAGGCGAUGGCGGCCAUGCACUCGAUAAGUUGCGGUUGUUCAUUUAUUUCUACCUCAGCUCAACGGAAGAAGUGAGCCGGACCGAGUGGGAAGGGUUCGUCGAGGCCCUCCAAGCCGCCGGUGCAGAUGUUACUUGCCUGCCAUAUAUACGACAACUCAAAUCGACAACUAAAUUGACGAACCUCACCACUAUCAAUAAUCCUUCAUCACAACCAGCCGGCACUAAUGACCUCUUUGGCCGCUUCUCCUCGAUUUCCUCCCGCCUAACAGACCGCCUCAAGGAGAGCGGCGUGCCCACCGGUCUCUCAUCCAACUUCGAAUCCCUCAUAGGCGGCAUCAAGACUUUCCUCCCCGCCGACCGCGACUUCACCGUCACCAAGAUCGUCGAGAGCAUCAUGGACCCUUCCUCCGCCUCAAGCUCCGCCAUCGCGAAGACGGAGAAUUAUCUCUAUUUCGACCCCCGCUCUGCGAAUGCGCGAGGCACCAUGCCUCCGCCCAGCUCCCUUCGCGCCGGCGCCGGCGCCUCCGCACCACCGGGAGCCCUGCCGGGACAAGGCGGCGUUGGCGGACCGUCCGUCGGCACGGGCGCCAGCUUCGGCCAGCGACGACAGGGUUUCUCCGAAGCCAUCGUCUUUACGGUUGGCGGCGGCAGCAUGGACGAAUACGGCAACUUGCAGGAGUGGGUGGCACGGACAGGCGGCGACCGCGCCAGGAAGAGGGUCGUGUACGGUUCAACGGAUCUGCUGAAUGCCCAGCUGUUCAUAGAACAGGAGCUGAACACGCUAGGGUUGGAGGUUUCGUCUUAG